AUGGCAGAAUCAGAUCGGGUGACGAUAGAUACUUCAUCGGAAGGCAUCUCAGUGAUUACAAUCAAUCGCCCGCAGAGAAAAAAUGCUGUCGACCCCUUGACCGCGAAGGCGCUCUACGAAGCCAUCCUCGCAUUCGAGGAUGAUACAAAACAAAAGGUGUGUGUAUUGACCGGCGCUGGAGAUACUUUCUGUGCAGGAGCCGAUCUGCACGGCGUUGCGCAGGCAGAUCAUGAUGCAUCCAGUGAGAACCUCCAGCCUGUCGACGGUCGCAAUUUGGGACCUAUGGGUCCAUCCAGGAUGAUUGUGAAAAAGCCGGUUAUCUGUGCUGUCUCCGGAUACGCUGUUGCAGGGGGCUUGGAGUUGAGUCUACUUGCAGACAUGCGCAUAGUCGAAGAGGAUGCCGUCUUCGGUGUCUUCUGCCGGCGUUGGGGGGUACCUUUGAUUGAUGGAGGAACUGUUCGUCUACAAGCUAUCGUCGGGCUUGGUCGUGCUAUGGACAUGAUAUUAACCGGUCGCCCUGUAGGAGCUCAGCAAGCACUAGCUAUGGGGCUGGCCAACCGGGUGGUUCCUAAAGGGGAUUCUUUGAAGGAGGCCAUUGCGGUAGCGAAAGAGCUCAUCGCUUUUCCAGAGCUUUGCCUCAAUACAGACCGCCAGUCUUGCUAUUACAGUGCUUACGAGGCUUCCUCUUUCCAAGAUGCUAUGUCUCAAGAAUUCAAUGCUGGAAAGAAAGUGAUUUCAAAGGAAGGCAUUGCAGGAGCUGCUAAGUUCAGCAAAGGCUCAGGAAGGCAUGGCAACUUCAAAGAUCACAGCAAGCUGUGA